AUGCCACCACCCGACCGCAAACCCCAAAGCUCAACGAUGCGCGCCCUCAACCCCAAAGAUGCAAAAGUCCUCGCUCAAACAGGGCGCCUUCCUCCUAAAACAGCAUCAGCGCCUACUUCUCUCCCUCAACCAGAGCCAUCACCAAUUCCAGAACCAGGAAGACCCAGCCUAACCCGCAAAAGGCCGCUCCACACCUUCUUCUCCAACCUCCGGCAACGCUACACACAGCGCUGUGCAGCUCUCCCGCGGCCAAUUCGACUUAUGGGCCGUGGCGCUCGCUUUUUAGUUCCAGUCAUUCCUAUCUGUCUUUUCUUCUCGGAGCAUGUCGCGCAAAUAAUGUGGGUCAAGGGCCCGUCGAUGACGCCGUAUCUCAACGAGGACUACGACCAGAUGCAAACGAAGAGCGAUAUGGUAUUGGUCAACAUGUGGUCGCUGCAUCGGAUACUACCGUGGAAGAACGAUAAGAGGUUAGAGAGGGGGAUGAUUGUCACAUUCCGGUCACCUGCCAACUCCUCCCAUAUUGCUAUCAAACGUGUCGUUGGUCUCCCCGGUGAUCGCAUUACCACUCGUGAACCGUGCUUGAAAGCUACUCAGAUCAUACCGUGGAAUCAUGUCUGGUUGGAAGGCGAUGCGGAUGCGGGCAGGACCCUCGACAGCAAUACAUAUGGCCCCGUCAGUAUAAGUCUGAUUACCGGUCGAGUCAUUGGUGUGCUGUCUCCACGUAUGCGCUGGUUGGAUUGGACACAGUGGGAGUCUGGCCACUCAAAUGAGGCUGGUUCGGAUAGUCCGUUGGGACCUAAUUAUCGGCAGGAUGUUCGCGACCGCGUAGUAAAGGAAGCUGUCAAGUUGGAGAGGCCACCAGAUUAUUGA